CAUGUUGAAGAAAGAUAAGAGAGUAAGAAAAUGUGGAAGUUUUGAUACAAUUAAUAAUCUUAGGAGUUCAUCACAAUAUGAGAGAAAGAAAAAACUUACCACUGGUGGUGGAUUUAGUGACUUUAGUGACUUCAGUAGUCACUCUCAACCUUCCAUUAGAAAAUUUAGAUCAGCUAAUCCUGAUUUGGAGACGCAUACUUCAAAAGUAAUUAGGAGAAGAAAUCAGAAAGUUGUGGCAGAAUGCUCUUGGGCAGAGAAGAAUACUCCUAGGCAUUUGGCCGAUUUGGCUGUUCAUAAGAAAAAGGUGUCGAGUGUCCAAGAGCUCUUGGAUUGGUGUUUUAGCUCUAAUCUUAAAACCGCUCCGAUUAUUAUUCUCUCCGGUCCAACUGGAUGUGGGAAAACUACAACAUUAUUAUUAUUGUGCAAAUCAAUGAAAAUAGAAGUCAGUACUUGGGAAGUCCCACCUAAUUUUAACAUGGAAGAUAAUCAGAUUGAUAGAGAAUUAGAUGAAUAUGGAAGAAUCGAAUACGGAGAGAAACAAAUGGAAAUUUUUUCUGAUUUUCUUUUCAAAUCGAAUGAAUUUCAAACACUUUUUCGAUAUUCAAAAGAAAGUUUAUUAUCUGGUGUGAAGAAAAUAAAUCUAGUUGAGGAUUUACUACCAGUAUUCUUUGAAAACUUGAAUGAAUUCCACAACGUACUCAGAGAGUAUAAACGGUGCGGAACAACGCCAUUAGUAUUUAUAAUAAGCGAUAGCUCAUCCUCUGAGUGGAAUAUGCAAAAAUUGUUUAAUCCUUCAACUACUGGUGAUUUAAGUAUUAUUAAUAUAAGUUUUAACGCAAUCGCUCCAACGAUUCUGUAUAAAAGUUUAAAUAGAAUAGCUAAUUUAGAGAAAUCUCAGGAUGAGUCUUUGCAAUUACCUGAUAAACGUUUAAUCGAAGAUAUAAUAGCAUCCAAUCCUGGCGAUAUUAGAUGCUGUAUUAAUGCUCUACAAAUUGCUAUGGUAUCAGACAAAGGAUUAAAUACAAAAUCCACGAAAGAAUAUGUACAUUCUUCGAAAGGAAGAGAUUCCGGUUUGUUUCUUUUUCAUGCUUUAGGCAAAAUACUAUACGCCAAGAGAGAAGAAAUACAUAUUAUAAAAGAAGUAAAAGAAGAAUCGGAACCACCUGCCGAACUAUACCGAAAGCCUUUGAAAGAGAAUCCUGAGGAGGUAUUCGAAAGAGUUGGAUUAACUGCCGACUGCUUUAGCUCCUUUCUGCAGCAAAAUUAUCUUGAUUUUUAUGGAGAUAUAUACGAUAUAGCCAAUACUGCAGAAGCUUUUUCUGUAGUUGAUACUAUGGUCUCAAAUUGGAAUACAAGAUCCUCUCUUGAGGGAACGAUUGCAAGCUAUGCAUCUCGUAGUAUAAUGUUUUACAAUACAAAGAAACGUGCUAAUUAUCCAACUAACUCGAAAAAGAAAUUACAACCCUUGAAAAAGCCUCUAUUCAUGACUGUUAGAAAUCAAAUGGGAGAGAAUAAACAAAAUAUUGAAAGGCUAUUUCAAUCUGGAUAUUGGAAGCCUCUGAAUAUUGCAACGGAAUUAAUACCAUUUAUUAAAAAUUGCAAUUGUUGCAUGUGUACAAUGGCGCAAAAAUCCUGCAUAUCACGAAGUUUUUCAUUUCGUGGAAAUCUAGUAAACAAAAGCCUUGAUCAAAUGGAAGCAGUCGAUAUGGAAGUUACUGAUAAAAUAGCUUAUUCAAAGAGAAGUUUUGAAGUUAAAGAUCAAUUGCCUAAAACCCCAGACCCACCUGUUAACGAUCCUGAAUUGAAGAUCGAAGAAUUUGACUCCGAUUGA